AUGGCAAAGGAUAAGAAGAAAGAUGGCAAGAAGGCAGAAAAAACUGUACGUCCUCCUAUUCUUGCACAAGAUACUACAGGUGAGGGUAGUUCAACAAAGCUGACAGAUCUGCAGACCUUAGUGAAUGGAGUGGAAGAAACACAGGCAAAUCCAGUGAUAUCAGAUAAAGAACCAGAGGAGGUAGAAGAACCUCCAGUCCAAGAUGUUCCUCAAUACUACGAGGAGCCUGUUCUUACUCAAGUUAUCGUAAAAAGCUAUGAAGGUGAAAAAGUCCAUGGAUUGUAUGAGGGUGAAGGAUUUGCUUAUUUUGAGGGGGGAAAUACAUAUAAGGGCAUGUUUUCUGAAGGGCUUAUGCAUGGGCAAGGGACUUACACAUGGGCUGAUGGAGUAAAGUACGAGGGAACAUUUGUUAAAAAUGUGCAGAUGCUUAAUGGCCGUUAUACAUGGAAUGAUGGCAGCCUUUAUGAAGGAUCAAUCAAGAAUGGAGUUAGGCAUGGAUUUGGAGUUUUCAGAAGUGGUACUCGUCCUGUUUCUUACAUUGGCUAUUGGUGUAAAGGCAAAAGACAUGGAAAGGGUACCAUAUAUUAUGAUCAAGAACAUACCUCUUGGUAUUCAGGCGACUGGGUAAAUAACGUCAAAGAAGGAUGGGGAAUCAGAUGCUAUAAGUCUGGAAAUAUCUAUGAAGGUCAGUGGGAGAAAAAUGUACGUCACGGAAAAGGAAGAAUGAGAUGGUUAACAGCUAAUCAAGAGUAUAUGGGACAGUGGGUGUAUGGCAUACAGCAUGGAUAUGGCACCCACAUAUGGUUUUUGAAGAGAAUGCCUGUGUCUCAGUAUCCUUUAAGGAAUGAAUACAUAGGUGAUUUUGUAAAUGGGGAACGACAUGGACAUGGGAAGUUCAUAUAUGCCGGUGGAGCAGUGUACGAUGGUGAAUGGGUUUGUAAUAAGAAGCAUGGCAAGGGCAAGUUUGUCUUCAAGAAUGGUCAUAUUUAUGAAGGAGAGUUCAUAGAUGAUCGUAUAGUAGAAUAUCCUGCUUUUCAAGUGGAUGCAAUGAAUGCAAAAGAGCUGAAUGCCAUUUGCACAGGAAGUCAUUUUGGCCCUGAAAACAUCACCAUCAUUAAUGGCUCAGAAAAUACUUCUAUUCUGGGAUCGAAUAUUGAGUUGGAUAUAUCUUCACUGCUUGACUUGUUGCCAAGGGAAGAGAGACAUGAAGAAGUGAAACAAGUAGAAUUUGCUGUGUUGAGGCAUAUUACAGAACUGAGAAGAGUUUACACCUUCUACAGCAGCUUAGGCUGUGAUCAUUCUCUUGACAACACCUUCCUCAUGACUAAGCUCCAAUUUUGGAGAUUUCUGAAGGACUGCCAGUUUCAUCACUCCAACAUAACUCUUGCUGAAAUGGAUCGGAUAUUGAGUGGUCAUAAAACACCACUUGAGGAGAUACAUUGUCCACAUGAGACUUUACUGUUCAGAACGUUUUUGUCUUACCUUAUUCGUCUAGCAUUUCAUAUCUAUCAUGAAGAGCACAAAGAUAAAGGUCCUUAUCUGCAUAAGUGUUUCUUAGAAAUGAUGUCCAAGAAUGUUACUCCCACUGCCUGUCGUAUCCAAGGUAUCUUAUUUUCUGAAGAACGAUGUACAGUUUUUGCCAUGAGCUACAUCGACAAAUGCUGGGAAAUAUACAGAGCUUUUCGUAGACCGAGUACCAGACCUCCAUUUGAACCCACAAUGAAAAUGAGGCACUUCCUUUGGAUGUUGAAUGAUUUUAAACUUCUCAGCAAACAAUUAACUGCUUCAAGACUUGUGGAAAUACUUGUCAAAGAUGGGCCCUCUCUACAUGAUAGCAGUAGUACCAACCUGGAGCAGGAGUUGGUUUUUCUUGAAUUUGUUGAAGCUCUUCUUGAUUGUGCGUUGGUGUAUGUUACCAGUGAUAUGAUUAAGGAGCAAGUGGAUCGUGAUAAUCAGAAAAGAAGUAGCUUUAGAAUCGAGGGUCUCUCUGAGGGAACCACAAAUGUGUCUCUGUACCCAGAAUAUUCUCUGUCUCAGCCACUGAAACCUUGUGAAGACAGAGGGCAACCUCUUCAAGAAUUUCUACUGGAUACUGUCCUCUCAUUUCACACAACUCAUGGAGAUAUCAAAGAUGUUCCAUCGUUGUUCAUCUGGGAUGCAGAAGAAGAACAAGAUUUCUGUCCAGCAAAGGAACUGACAGAUGAACCAAAAGAAGCCAAAACUGAACAAGAUGAGGAAUUUAGUCUGUGGAUGUGUCAGGUGCAAAUCUUUUUUACAACUAAGUUCUUUCCUGCCUACCAGCAUGAAAAAGUGCUGAGAGAAAAAAUAAAAGAAAAUCAAAUACGGGAUGCAGAAUUAGCUGAGCUGAGAAAGAUCCAGGAUGAGGAGCUGGCAAAACUUAUUGCUGGAAGAGAAGCAGAAGAGGCAAAAAAACCAUUUGACUCCAGGAGUGCAGAUUUCAAGGAGUUAGAGGAGCCUAUGACACAGUUAGUACCCCCUCCGAAGGAAGAGGCACCCAUAGUGGCACCCCCAGUUGUUACCAAGGUGCCUGCUGGCAAAAAGAGAAGGAAGAAAUAA